UGAAGUGGGGCGUGUGGCUCACUUGUAAGACCAAGCUAUCUGCCACUGGAUUGUUAUCUUGUGCUACCAUCCUGUCCACAUAAAUAACCUUUAAUUUGUUACCACAUUGCUGACACACCACAUCCAAAAAAACAACCACUAUUUUCCCCCCUUAGCUAACUGAAACAUUUGGACGUACCAAAAAUCAUGUCAUCUGCUGUGGUUGCUGGUGCUGCCUCCUCUUCUUGUUCUGUUUCUUAUUCAAGAAACCUCAGCAUCACCAAAUCUAGUGCCUCCAUUACACUCCUCAAAUCAUCCACCACCACUCCAUGCCAGAAAACUAGUUUUCAGGGGCUAUCACUACAAGAGGCAAAAAGGGGUGUUUCGAAAUCUUUCUUAGGAGCUGAGAGCAAGAGGAAUGUUAUCGAUGGUGGAAGUAGACGCCUUGAGAUUACUGCACGUAAAGCUGCUGCUGCAAAGAAUAUCGAAGUUGAAGUUGAUAAGCCACUGGGACUCACCUUAGGUCCAAAGCAAGGUGGCGGAGUUGUCAUUACGGGUGUAGAUAAUGGUGGUAAUGCUGCAAGGGCAGGGCUAAAGGUUGGUGAUCAGGUAGUCUACACGAGUAGCUUCUUUGGUGACGAACUAUGGCCAGCUGAUAAGCUUGGAUUUACGAAAACUGCCAUCCAGGCUAAGCCUGAUUCUAUCUACUUUGUCGUUAGCAGAGGUGCCGAUGUAGAUGUUAAAAGACUGCCCAAGCGUCCAGCUCCUCCUCAAUUUGGAAGGAAACUGACUGAUGCUCAAAAGGCCAGAGCAACACACAUUUGCCUCGACUGUGGUUACAUAUACACCUUGCCGAAGCCUUUUGAUGAACAGCCGGAGGACUAUGCAUGCCCACAAUGCAGAGCACCAAAGAAGAGAUUUGCAAGAUAUGAUGUUAACACUGGGAAAGCAAUUGGAGGUGGAUUGCCCCCCAUUGGUGUCAUUAUAGGUCUCAUUGCUGGUAUUGGUGGUGUUGGAGCAUUACUAGUUUAUGGUCUUCAAUAGGAUCUCUCUUUUGAGUUGUAAACUUUCCUUAUACCUUAAAAAAUGUUGCUUAAAAGACUACUAUAAUAUGCUUGUGCUUAUAAAUACACAUUGAAAUGAAGCUCAAGUGUGUAUUUUUUUAAAAGGAGGUAGAGUAUCCAAAUCAAUGAUGUAAGAGAAAACUUGUUAAUUUUCUUUUAUAUAUAAUCAAAGCAUAUAUAUUCUUUUUAA